AUGCAGAGCCCUGAGGCAACGGGCCCUGAUGCGCUCGCUGACCUGCCCUCGACGUUGGUAUCGAUGAUAGCCACUCCGUCGACGUCACCGCUUCGACUCAUCGCUUCCCAAACGCAGACAGCGUUCACCACAACCUCAACAGCCCCAUCAUCGUUCACGCAGGAUCGAAUACAGGAAAGCCUGCAACAUGUGAUCUCCCGUCUCUCGUCAACCUCGGAAUCCACCGCCGGCCAUGCCGUCACUCUCAGUAGCGAGUCUUCCGGCUCGACGGGCAAAGGUAUCUUGAUUGGGAUACUCUCGGCGUUUGGCUCGGCAGCGAUCGCGUUUGUGGUUCUUGCCAUCUUUUUCUUCUUCAAGUAUACUCGCCGCGGGCGGAUUAUGCUCGAUCGCAUCGGUCGCCCCGGCGAGUAUGACGACGAACAGGCCUUUCUCCGGGAGGAGGAAGCGGCGAUGGAAUCCAUGGACGAUUUGAUGCGGUCGGAAUAUCUGCGCGCAAAAGCAUUUGUUCAAGCCAACCCUCCCGAGUCCAUGCAAACCGAUAUUUCGCUCUCCCAAUUCCUGGCGAUUCAAGAAAAGGGUGUCUCCGCGUGGGAGUUUCAACCAGAACUCGAAAUUGCCAACUGCUUCGUCGAAGCUCGGACAGAGAUCGAGUUCUUUGAUUCUGAGUGUAGCGUGCAGACCAACCUUCCCCUCCCGAAGCAGAAUGAGGUAUAUUACUGGGAGGCCAAGAUCUACGAUAAGCCAGAGACCACGAUGAUUGGCAUUGGCCUGACGACGAAGCCUUACCCUCUCUUCCGAAUGCCCGGUCUCCACAAGACGUCCGUUGCCUAUGAAUCGACUGGCCACCGCCGCAACAACCAGCCAUUUACGCCAUCCUCCUAUGGACCUCCACUCUUACAAGGCGAUGUGGUUGGCGUCGGUUAUCGCCCGCGGUCGGGAACCGUCUUCUUCACGCGCAACGGCAAGAAGCUCGAGGACGUUGUCCACAACUACCGUUCUCAGAAUUUGUUCCCCACCAUCGGUGCCAAUGGCCCUUGCACAGUGCAUGUCAAUUUUGGCCAAAUGGGCUUCGUAUUCAUCGAAGCCAACGUGAAGAAGUGGGGCCUCGCCCCCAUGACGGGGAGCCUUGCCCCGCCUCCACCCUAUGGUAGUGAACAAGGCAGUAUUCUGCUCGAGUCCGGUCGUGAAAGCGCUGCUUCCAUCUCUCAGCGCGUUUAUCAGUCGUAUCAUGGACGGAAUCCUAGCGCCGUGAUCCCUCAAGCUGUGAGCCCCGGGCCGGUGCGAUCACCUACUGAAAUCUCCUUGGCCCAACUGGCUCAUAUCUCUUCCCGUGAUGACGCCGGCGAGGGAUCAAGCCGCGUGGGUAACGAGGGAGAGGAGCCUCCGCAAAACCCCCUCGUUGCAACCCCGGACGCUGCCCAGGACCAUGAGGCACCACCUCCAGAGUACUCCAGCCCCACCGGCAGCCGAAGGGGCAGUGAUGCAUCCUUGCAGCUGCGAUCCAGCGGUGCGACUGAUCAGCGUCACUCCCCCCUGUCCCCAGCUCGGACCGGCACAGUUCAGAUCUGCCCAGCUACGAAGCCGUGGUAG